AUGUCUUUCAUUGUUGGCUUUCUUGCCUACUUCAACAGGGUGUCCAAUUGUGGCUAUGUUGGUAGAAACGAACUUAGGGCGAUCCUGGAGCGCGCUGGCCGGGAUCCGUGCGACAGUGAGAUCCAGGCAAUCCUGGACAGUGUCAGCGUUGAUCCUCGAGGAAUGAACUUCCAGGCUUUCAUAGAUUACGUGCGCACAUUCCAGCAGCUGCGUAAUGUGGAGUCUGAGUACAGAGAGGCCUUCCGUAUCUAUGAUCGCAGUGGAGCCGGAAAACUCACGCAGGAGGACGUCGCUUAUGUCUUUCAGAAGUUGCGCGUCAACGUUGACGUCCCAGCGCUCUUCAAGGUGGCCGAUGCUGACAAUAACGGCACAAUUGAGUACAACGAAUUCGUUGACCUCAUGAACAAGACCUUGUAA